UAUGUUGUUGUUGUAAUGGACAGCUAAUGGCUGAUAUAAUUAUAUAAAAUGCGCCAAAAACAUUUUUUUGAUAGAAUUAGUUCAGGAUAUGUGGUAAAUUACACAGAACAGUAAAAUACAUAAUAUUACAAAGCCAAGCUUUGCAUCAUAACAAAUGUAACAAUGUUGUUUACAAAAUGGAAUUUUCAUUUUCUACCAUCGCAACGCAAUCUACUGCCACACGCGUUCGGAAUUUAUUGUGAUCAUAACAUUACGCAUAGAGACACCGCAUUCGAGAACAGAAGGGUGCGCUUAUUGCAGCGGUCUGUGUUUUAUGCAGAACUACAUCGGUUUAUUGAAAAUGGAUGAAAAGUUUCUAUUUCUGCUGGUUAUAGUAAUACCAAUGGCUACGGGAUCUGUGCCAGGGACAUUUUUUUGGAAACCUCGCUUGGGCCUUGAUUUGGCUAUCCCUACAACUGAGAUAUCUAUGGCAGUACAUAAACCAAACAAACAGAAUAUUCGAAAGGGUUUUGUGGUAUUAAUUGACGGUUACCAAAUCGGAGUUACUGUAAUAGCCAUCGCUGCGAGCGCGGGUAGUGCUAAUACGAAUCCACAUCUCAACCCGUUGUCCGCGUAUUUUUACACCAACGUGUAUAGAUGGGGCUUGAGAUAUUUUAGUCUCUUACCGUUUUGGAUAAGUGGCAACGGAGGUAACUACUGCGAAACACAUAAAGUAUGGCGCAGACGUUUUUAUUAUAUGGAUGAAUUUGUUCCCGAGGUUUUGAGGAACAUAGUCCCUUUUGUGAAAAAGGAAGAAUGGUUGAAAGAACAAGAGGAAUUCAAAAAGUUCAAGAAGUACGCCGAGCCAGCUUUUGGCAAACAUUAUCGAUACCCCACGAAAAGCUUUAGAAAUUAUGAAAGUCAAGAAACAGUAGAAACUGUUGAAAAUCUGGACGACUCUUCAAAUUCAUUGUAAUGGUUCAUUAAACAUAUAUAAGUUUUAAUUACAAAUAUUAUAUCAUGAUAUCUGUCACUUUUCUGAUCCUUUGUUCGCUUAUAAAUAUUUCAGGAUGAUAGAAUAUCAUAGAUAGAAAAUCACUAAUUAUUUAUCCUAUGUAAUAAUGACAGUGCAGCUUGGCAUGGAUAGAAAGAUUUUAGCUUAUAAUACGCGCCGAUAUGGUAGCUUUCAAUAGGUAAAAGAGGGGGAAAGGGAUUGUUAGUAAUGGAGACUAAGAAUCCCAUUGCUAGCAAUAUACCCCAACCAGGUCGACCUCCUCGCGGUUCCCCCUGGAAACGAUCAUGGUUAAUUCGUGAUGAAUUCAUCAUGAUGGGCUAACAGGCCUGUUUUCAUUCUCAUCUAUCACUCUUCACUGGUGCUCCGCCGGCGCAUCCCGUUAGCGCAGGCGGGGAUACCAUUCCAUUCUCACCCAUCAAAAAAAAAAAUAGGUGAAAGAAUUUUUUAAAGUGCUCGAGUAGUUAAUGAGUUAAAUAAUCAAAU